UUUAUUUUUAGAAAAUAAUAUGGAACUUUGAUAUAGUAAAAUGAUAUGUAACAGCAGUGAAGUUGAAAUUCUUUUUAAUAAGUCUCUUAAUAUUAAUAUUAAGGAUGGCUCUUUAUGCAGAAAAAUUCGGCUGUUUAUUACUGUAGAAAAUGCUAUUGUGAAUACUCCUGCACUGAGAAAGGAGCUUAUUAUUCGAUUAACAGAUGAAUGUGAUCCAUUUUUCUUGUACAGUCUUGUUUUAAAUGAUGAUGACUUUCAAAGUCUUAAAAAUCAGCAGGGAUUACUAGUUGAUUUUCCUGCAUUUCCACAAAAAUUCAUUGAUCUUUUAGAAUUAUGUCAAAAGGAAGAACUUAACGAAGUACCUAGAUUUCUUUUGAAUUUAACCCUACCAAGUAAAUCUAUAUUGGAUUUAAAUCCAGCUCAUCUUGAAGUUGUAGAAACAAAUCCUUUCAAGCAUUUAAUUCAUCUUUCUUUAAAAGUUCUGCCUGCUUCAGAUAAUGAUAUAAAAAAAUAUCUUGGAACAUGUCUAAAGACAUUAAAGGAGGCAAAAGAAAAGUUAGAAAUAAGAUUGCAGACUGUAGAAGCAGACUUACAGCAGAGACUUUUACAUGCUCAAGAAUUGCUAACUAUAAGAAAUAAUGAAUAUGAAAAAAUAAGAACAGAAUUUAAAGUUGAUCUAAGGUCUAGAGAAAAUAAACAUAGUGAAGAAUUAUCUUUAGAAAGAGAAAAAUUUAAAAAAAUUCAUCGUGAAGCAGAAAAUAAAUGGGAAAAUGAAAGAAAAGAAUUAGAACAAAGUCAUCAACUCAAAAUUCAUCAACUUGAAGGCCGGAUUGUUUGCUUAGAUUCACUAAACAGAGAAUUACAAGAAAAGCAAUAUAAACUAGAUGCCUCGAAUCGUGAAUUACGAAAUAGAGUCGCUGCUCUUCAAGAAGAAAUUCAUCAGACACAUCAGAAACUACAAAAUAUAACCAAAGAAAAUGCAAAUCUCGAUGCCGAAUGCCAGGAGCAAUCUAGAAUGAUCAGUCAUCUUAAAAGCAAACUAUCAUUAUCCGAGCAAGAAUUUAAAAAUUUAGAAGAUAAUACCAAAAGAUUACAAGAUCAAUUAACUAAUGAGAAUGAACAAAAGAAAAAGUUAGAAGAAAAUUGUGAUAAGAAACAACUACAAAUAAAUAAGCAGUCGGUUUCAAUUAAAUCAUUGUCUGAUGAUUUGAUGAAAGGAAAUGAAAUUAUUCGCAAAUUGCAAGCUGAAAUGCACAGUAUCCAUGCAAAACUCAAAAUAAAAGAUAAAAUAACUAUAAAACAAGAAGAAGUAUUAACUGUAAAGGAAGAAGAACUCAAAAAGUUGAAAGAAGAAUUAGAAAAUAUUAAAGAUAAUCUGAAAGAAAAAGAAUUAGAGAAUUCAAAACUGACAACAAAUUUAGAUGAAAUAAAACAGAAGUUAGAAGAUGCUCAGAAGCAAUAUAAAACAAGUGAAAAUAUUAUCAAGUGGCUUAAUAAACAAUUAAAUGAAAAACAAAAUGUAACACAGCAAUCUGCAAUGAAUACUGAUAUUGUCAGUACAUCUGACACCUUAAGACAGAAUAUCUAUCAACCAGCAGUUACUUCUGUUAGGUCGCAUAUUUCAGUACCUAGUGUAAAUACUAAUUUAUUGACUUCAAACUUAAUUAAAUCUACAAAUAUUCCAAGCUAUUCACAGGGUCAUUAUGGAACUCAAAGAAUGAUUAAUCCUAAUUUAAAAUUACAUAAUACUGACAAUUUCGCAACAAGAUUGCAUACAGUUGGAGCUAGACAUCCAUUACCUUCUUAUUAUUUUCAAAGACAAAGAGACGACAUCCUAUCCACAAAAGCAAAAGAAGAUAUUCAGACAACUCAGGCCUCAAAAAUCACAGAGAUAACAAUAGAAGAAGAAUCUCCACAACCAAGUCCUCCACCCACUUGCCUUCCAUCACAGUUAAAAACCACUAGCUGAAUAGAGCAUUUUCAUGUUAUGUACAGAAAAUUAUUUUGUUUUAUUCCAUAUUUGUUAACAUUAUUUUUGUAAUAGUAGGAAGAUAAUGAAAUACAUAUGUAUAUAUAUAUAAUAUAAUAUACUGUGAUA